CCAAAUCCACAACACCCUUUGACUGUGUUGCUCUAGUCUCAGCCUAGAGCCUAGCUUUGGGAUUUGGGAAAUUCUCGAUCGAUCUGCAGAUCGAUCGAGAAUUCCAACAGGAAUCUGCAGGUUUGUAGCCUGCUUUGUGUUCCUGGGUUUGUGCGAUCUGUGGAUAGAUCGUGUCACAAACAGAUCUGAAAUGGAUUGGUCGGGUGGUCAUGAGCUGCCACCGGAAUGGCAGCAUCCAGGGUCGUAUGGCUAUGAUCCAUACACCAACACCUUCGUGCCAUUGCCAUACUAUGGCUAUGGAUUUGGCCUAGAGUAUAGCUGGAUUCCUCCGGACCAACAACAAGGCCCUAUUCCAGUUCCUUAUUCCGGCUCCUCACAAUCAGGUCCUCCUCACAUGGCAGGGGCACAACGAGGAAGGGGUCAUGGUCGUCGUCAAGCACAACGAGGAAGGGGUGGUCGCCCACCACCUCCCCAGCACGGUGGCCCUGGACUGCUAGGCGCCGACCCUUCAAGCCAGCCACCUGCGCAGAUACCGCCUCCAGUUCCUCCUCCUCCUCCCUUAGAGAAGAGGGAAAAGACUCCUCCUCCACCACCUGCUUCCUCAUCACCAAGCUCCUCCCAUGCAAUGUCUCCUCCAGUGUCAGAUCUGGUGAAAAAAUCCCAUGUCGUCGAUGAUGUGAGCAUGACUGCUGAUUCUAAGAUGGAUGAUGGCAAAGAUGAUGUGUUAGUAGGCUUAAGUGGUAGCAGCAAAGGCGCCGCCACAGGCAAGAAGAUGUCGUUGCUGCCACUAGAUCGACCACCAGCACCCAUGAAAAAUUCUGAUGUUGAUGUGAGCAUGACUGCUGAUGCUAAUAAGAUGGAUGAUGGCAAAGAUGAUGUGUUAGUAGGCUUGAGUGGUAGUAGUAGCACAGCCGCCACAGGCAAGAAGAGGUCGUUGCUGCCACUAGAUCGACCAGCACUCUUGAAGAAUUCUGAUGUGGAUGUGAGCAUGGAUCUCAAGGAUGAUGACCAGGGUGAUGAUGUGCUAGGGUUAAAGGCCUACAAGGCAAGGAAGAGGCUGCUUUCAACAAAGGCCUGGUCUUUGCCAACUGAUGCUGAUUCUUCUGUUGACGCGGCUAGGAAGAAGAAGAGUCGCCUUGGCUGGGGUCAGGGCCUUGCAAAGUAUGAGAAUCGUGGGUACAAGAAGGAUGACGAGACUACACAUAAUAAACUUGUAGCUCAUGAUGGAGCCACUGGUGAAGCUGCUUCUUCUUCUCAUGGAUCAAGUCCGCCAGCAGGAAGCAAAGGUCAUGGUGGCAAUAACAGCUUGGACGACAUGGCCGGAAUGAGGGUUUCCCAUGCUACUACUGUGCCUGAAUUGUCCUCCAAGGGGACUAGACUUCCACUAACAGGAGACCUCAGCCAUCCUGGGAAGAAUGGAAGCAUAGGUAGCUUGACUAAGAAAGCUGUUUCCCCUGCUGAAAUGCGUAGCUUGACUAAGAAAGCUGUUUCCCCUGUUGAAGUGCCUGGACUUGAAGGCACUUCAGAACAUAACCAGAACUUGAAGGAAGAUGGAUUCAUUGGUGAUCUUCCAAUUAUCUUCCCUAAAGUGUAUGAUUUCCCACGCAAAGGUAGCCUGCCACCAGAGGACAAAAGCAUUAGCGGUUCAAGUACGAGGGAAAUUGCAGUGUCUGAUCUUGCUUCUUCCUCUCAGGGAUCUGAUCAUGAUGCACCACCAGAGGCUGAAGAUGAUCCACCAAGAACGAAAAAAAUAGUUAUUACAAUGGUACAGAGGCCUAGGAAUAUUAUUUUGCCGAUGAAUGUUUUGUGUGAUGAGGAGCCAGAAACUUCUGAGCUUCAGGGAUUGAAACUUAAGGAAUGGUCAGAGAAAGAAAAAGAUAUAUUUUCGGUGAUGAUUACAAUAUUUGGUAUGAACUUUUCCAAGGUCUCAUCUUUUCUGACGCACAAAACGGCAGUAGAUUGCAUGAAGUAUUAUUCUGAGCACUAUAAAUCAGAAUGUCAUAAGGAAGCACAGAAAUGUCUGCCUACUACUGUGAUGCAAUCUCAAGAAAAUUGUUGUAGUGAGAAUGAUGCUGCAGCUCUUGUGUCUGGGAUAGCAACAGUUACAGCUACUAAAAAAUACGAAAGGAUGAAUGCCAAGGCAGAAGAUGUAAAGAAGCCUGAAAAUCAAAUUUCCCAUGAAUCUACUGCUAAUCUUCUAGCACACAGCCUUCCAGAUAAGGGGCAUGGUGAAUCAUCUGUGGAUGAACAUGAACAUGUAACUGGAAAAGUUUUAGUAGGUGAAUCGAAUGCUGCUUCAUCUCCACUUGGGACGAGAUCUAGUCAAUCUGCCUGGUUGACCAUCUCCAAAACUGAGGCACCAGUGUUGGAGAAUUUCAAUGAGGACAGCUGUUCCAAUGAGGCAGUUUGCAUCACAAAGUCUUCGUCUAAGGUGAAGGAAAAUUUACCACAGAGUGUUCUGAUUGCAAACCAAGCUGAUGAAGAAAAUUGUGUGGCUGGUGGGUCAUUUGGACAGGAUACCUUGAAAAUAAUAUUUUUCCCUGAUGAGAGGAGUGCUAAGCUAGCAAAUGGUAUCAUUAAUGGUGAUCAGAUCAGAAAUGGAGCUAUAACUGCUGAGCUGUAUUCUUCACUGAAGGAAUGCAAUGAUUCUGCUAAACAUCAUUCAUGGAAAGCAACAGAAAAGAAGCUGGCUAACUCAAAUAUUGAUGAUGGUAGAAUGGCCUCAUCUGAUAUGAAAAACCCUAAGAGCAAAGACAACCCCUGCAUUACUUCUGAUCCAGCUGCUAUGUUAAGAGGUCCUGCAUUUGUACAGCAUAUGAUGGAAGUUGAUGAAGCAAUGGAGAAGAAAGAAUCAGAAAAAAAUGACGACAAGGUCAAAGGCAAGGAGGGAAAUAAUCCUGUUCUCUGUGUUGCAUCAAAACAUGGCAGUGGUAUACAGUUGAACUGCGAAGUGAAUUCACAGAAGGAGAUGGAAAAAGUUGAUAGUAUCUCAAGCCCAGAAGGAAAUGAUCUCAAUGCAGACAUGGAAACUCCUACAAAGGACAGCAGUCCCUGCCUUGCCACUAAUGCUUCUGUAGCAAGAGUUGAUGGUCUCAUACAGCUACUGAGGGCAUCAGAAGCAAUUGCUAGAAACUCAGAAAAUAAUGAUGCUAAGGUCAGAAGUAAUAAGGGAAAUCCUGUGCACAGUGUUGCUUCAAAAGAGAGCAAUGGUAUUCAAUUGAGUUGCAAUGUGACUGCUCAGAAGGGGAAAGGUAUUAUGCCAAGUCCUGAAGUGAAUGAUCUCAAUGCACCUCCUAUGCAGAUCUCAAAUGGACCACGCAACACUUACCAUCUGUCAUCAAGUUCUGGUUCUGCUGCCUUGGACAUGGUUCAUGCAAACUCUUCUUACAUUGCAAUGGAUAUAGAUCUGAAUAUACCUCUUGAUGUGACACCAAUAGAUUUGACCUCAGUAGACCUGGGGAGCAGUACUGAUGAAGCUUCCGUGGGUCGCAGCAGCGAGGCAACAGAUUCUGAUGCAACAAUGGAGAUGAUAAGUGCCUCACAGACUACUACUACUGUAACUCAAACUGCUCAGCAGCAGCCUGCUAAUCAACCUGGCUCUAUUUUGCUUUUUGGUCGUGUCAUCUAUCAAGCUCUAUCCACUGGGACAACAAACCAUACUCCCAAUCAGGGAAACCAGACUGUUGUCUCCUCAAGCAACAUGCCGUCUAAUCCAAUGUUUCCUCUGCUAAGGGGAAGAGGCCGUGGCCAAGUAUAUCCUUCUUGGGCUACUACUACUAGCGUUUGGAGAAAUAGUAUCCAAAACAUACAGCACAGCCAGCAAGCAAUGUUGUCAAACAGGCUGCUUUACGGUAGUUCGACUACUGGUGCUUCAGCUUCUGCAGCUUCACCACUCCAGCUUCAGCCUGGGAGCAGUGCUCUUAUCAACAUGAUGAACCAGCAGAGACAACCAGCUCUGGCAAACAUUACUCCAUACAGCAUAAUGAGAGGUGGUGUAUCUGUAGUGCCCUCUCCUCUGGUACCAGGAAGCAGCGGCGGUGCCGCCAGCUUCGUUAACUUUAAUGGCUUCAGUGCAGUCCAACAACAGCAGUGGUCAUACCCUCUCGUGGAUACAAGCAGAAUGGUGCUUGGCCACCCUUUCUACUACCCUGGCGCCACUGCAAGCCAAGCUUCUGCUACAGUUACUACCCUUCUAUCUAUUGGAACAAAUAAUGGAGAAGGCGCAUCAACAAGCAAUGCUAGGGCUCCACCAGCAGCAGGAAGAGGAAGAAGGACAGGCGGUCAUAAUUCAUGGCUCUCACUUGGCCGCAAUUAAUCAACAAUGGAGUGCAAGGAAGCAAUCAUGUGGCCGCCAAUGCUCUUAUCGGAGGCUGCUUGAGAGCAUCGUCGAUGCGUCAUCGGUUUUAUGUUAUUGCCGUUCUGCCUAGUAAUGCAGAAUUAUCGUACAUUGGUUAUUUAAGUCAGUUGCUGUGCUCUCGGUGGGAGCUGAAACCCGUAUUUUCUAUCCCUGUUUUCGUCUUAUCUCUUUGCUGAAACUUGAUUCUCCGUCGGAUAAUUUGGUUUUAAAUUUCCCUUUCCUUGUCAAAACAAUUAUGUCAGUUUGUU